AUGGUUGAUACAGAGGCAGUGGAGGGACUACGUGUGUGCGACCUCCUAACACCAGGAGGGGCAGAGUGGGAUGAGGCCAGACUUCGACAGCUGUUCGGGGUACACCUAGCUGAGAGGAUCCGGUCCCUUCCGUUACCAGGAUGUGCGGGGCCAGAUGUCAGGGUUUGGGGUACCUCGAACCGGGCCAGUGUUAGACUGGAAGACCUCUCCCGUGUUAUCCAGCCGGAGCAUGAGCCAGGGCCGGAUUGUACUUGGAUCUGGAGGUUCGGACUCCACCCGAGGGCAGCCCUCUUCUUAUGGAAGGUAUUUUGGGACUGCCUUCCGACGAGAGCAGUGCUGAGCAGGCAUGGUUGGGGGAUCCUCGCAAAGUGUGGGACAUGUGGAGCUGAGGAGUCGGUGGACCAUGUGUUUUUCCAGUGUACAUGGGCCAGAUCGACAAGGCAGUGGACAUGGAUCCCACAGGAGGCUCGGAGUGAGGCUACAAUUCCUUCAGGUGAUACGAUAGUGGUUGGCCAGUUCGCGGACUUGUCAGAAGGUCAUCAAAGUGACUUGCACAGCAUAUCAGAUCUGGCUGACAAGAAACGCUCGUACUUUUGGCGAGCGCAGGGUGUUACCGAGGUUGGUUGCGGAGUUUGCUCGAGCAUAGGCCAUGGAGAUCGGGCCCACCCUUCUUUAGAUAGACCUUUGACAGCUUGGGACACCUGGGUUUUUCUCUCUGCUCCGACAGCUCCUCAGACGGUGUUUUUCACCUGUGAGCCUCCACCCUCGAGCUUCCUCAAGGUCAACUUCGAUGGGUUGGUGCUGGAUGGCAGUACGCUGGGCGGUGCAAACUUUGUCAUACGGGGCCCGCACUCUAAGAUGGUGGCAGCAGGUGGCUGCCAGCUGUUUGACACGUCGGUUCCAGAGGCAGAGCUGUGA